UGGCAUGCCGGGAGUUGUAUUUCUCAGGGUUGUGUUUGGCUAUGGCAGCUGACUGUUAGGUGAUUACAGAAGCGCUGCACUUCCCGGCUGUUUCCUGUUCUCAUGCUGACUUCCUCCCGGCUGCUCUCCGCCCGGGUUCUACUCUUCCAGCUCUUCGGUGGCCCCUUCAUGGGAGACAUGAGCUCCAAGACCAGUCUGCCCAGCAGGGAGGCGGCUCUGUCCGGCAGGUCGGAGAAGACGCAGGUCUCAGGUAACCACCAUGUCAGUGGCCAUUCACUGGUGGAACCUUUUCCAGAGGGGACACAAAUGGCGAUAUUCGGUAUGGGCUGUUUCUGGGGAGCCGAGAGGAAGUUCUGGAGACAGAAGGGUGUCUACUCCACUCAAGUUGGCUUUGCUGGUGGUCACACCUCCAAUCCCACCUAUCAUGAAGUUUGCUCAGGGAGGACGGGUCAUACAGAGGUGGUCCGAGUUGUCUACAAGCCGGAAGACAUCAGCUAUGGGAAACUACUGAAGGUCUUCUGGGAGAACCAUGACCCAACUCAAGGGAUGCGUCAGGGUAACGAUGUGGGAACAAUGUAUCGCUCCGCCAUCUACACCUACAACAAGGAACAGUUGGAAGAAGCCUUAAAAUCCAAAGAAGAGUACCAGAAGGUAAGAAUAACCGAAUACUGCACGUCACCAGACAUUGUACCCGGAGGGAUGCAGAGCUCACUGUGA